GAAAAGUAGAUACUUACAUAUAUGGACAACUUUUUUGUUUGUCGAUAUAUUUUGAUCAAAGCUAGCAUAAGCUAUACUGUUUUUUAGAUAAGUCAAUUCUUUUCGAAAUCACACUAUCAUAUUAAGGAAGAAUCCGUUGAAAAAUGACUUUUUGCAUUUUAUAUUUCCCGAGAUUUUUUCACCAAAAUCAGUAUUUACAAUCUUCGUCUCCUUACAUAUCUGCAAAGCCGUAACCCUAAUGUCUAUCCGAACUCUCAUUAGUAAACAAAAAAGUUUAGUAUUCGUUUUGUCGAAUGUCGGACGAGUAUAACAAAUGCCUGUUGUGGAGCAGCCGGGACUUUAUCAAUAUAAAUAAAAACUAACGUGAAAAUAAUAUAAAUGACUCGAAUUACGCACGUGAAUAAACAUAGAAAUCAAUUGGUCAUAAGGGUUGAAGUUCUUGAUGUCGUCUGUAAAGUAUUUUUAAACAAUUCGCAAAUGGAGCUAUCUAGGGAAAUGGACGGUAUUUCCUAAUUUAUUAAUUGUCAAAUUGAUAAAAUAUGUAUUCAAUUAAAACAGAUAGCGACAUUUUCAGCUCUGUGUUAAUGCCCCAAAAUUUAUUUGCCCCCUGUCAGCCUUACCUUUUGGGAAGUUCUAUUUAAUAGGCAAGUCGCGUUCCAGCCAGUUAGUCGUUGUCAAUGUCCCGGAGGGUCGCUCUGCAGUUCCAGUUCCUGUUCGUUUUCAUAAACAUGAAUAGUUCGGUCUGGCACAUACUUCUCGGGCUUGGCCUGAUUCUGCCAACAUGUUUGGCUUCCAGCUUUGAUCCGGAACUCAUUUGCACACUUGUCGUUGAUGGGACUAAAAUGAACGAUCCUCGUGUCUGCAAUGGCUGGAUACAGUGCGUCGAUGGCAAGCCCGUGAGCGGCACCUGCGACGAUGGACUUUUCUAUGACAGGCAAACUGAGGACUGCGUGCCAUCUGCCGAUACAAACUGCAUCUCUAGUGAUCCUUGCGCGGCACAGCCAAAUGGUUUUGCCGCCGAUCCGUACUCCUGCAAUGGCUAUUACUACUGUAAGCAGGGUGUGGGCACUCGCGGCGUGUGCAACAACGGACUCAACUAUAAUCCGGGCACCGAGUCAUGCAUACGGGAUUUUCCGUGUACUGCCAAAAUGAAUCCGGACAGCUAUUGCAACAUUCUGCCCGACGGCGUCUUCGCCAAGGACACCCUCAAUUGCAACGGCUGGCAAAUGUGCUGGAAGGGCGAAGUCAUCAAUGGCACCUGCCCCGCCACCUUCUACUUCAGCGCCGCUAAGGGCGACUGUGACUAUCCGCAGAAUGUGGAGUGCGCGAUCACGGAGCCACCGCCGUUGACAGCGGCGCCAGAGGCUUGCCCCAAAGCGGGCAGCUUCAUCUCCGACGAGAGCAGCUGCAAUGGCUACUAUUAUUGCCGUGAGAGUUCCGAUGGCCAAAUGCAGCUGCAGCACGGCGAAUGCGACGACGGUCGCUUCUUUUCUGCCCGGGAUGGUGGCGCCUGUGUGCCGCGAUCCAAGCUCCAGUGCGAUUACGAUCGAUGCGUGGACCUAGGCUACACGGGCAUACAGCUGGCCAACGAGUCGAAUGAUGGCUGCACGGGCUUCGCCAUAUGCCAGGACGGUGUCAAAAUUGGCGAGGGCACCUGUCCAAAUGGCGAGUACUUCGAUGAGCUGACCCAGCGCUGCACCAACCAGGUCAUAUCGUACCCAGCCUGCGCCCUAUCUAGCCAAUCCACAACACAAACCACAGCUGCUUGAGAGGCACGGGCCAGGGCAUAAAGCUCAAGGCAGGGGCUGAGAUCACCCAAUCGAUUUGAUAAAUUUACUCGUAUAUAUACUCAUUUAUUUAUUUGCUA